GCAGGUGGCAGGCCAGGCUUUGCCACCACCUCUUCACCAAACUGUGGAGACCCAGCAAAUGGGACGGGCCAGCGCAAGGGGGCCGGUGCCUAGAGGCUCCCGAGAGUGGCGCCAGGGCAGGGAGGGGCGGGGCUUGUCGGCCCCCCUCGUGGUGGCGCGGGUUCUGAGUUGCGAGCCUCGUGGUGGUAGUGGUUAAGCCAACUCACGUGUGGAGGGAAGGCGAGAAGCCAGCAAAUAAAGAGGAAAAACGCCCCGAUGCUGAUCUCGAGAAAAACGACCGGACUUUCUUAGCCCUGGCUGAACCGCGGAGCCUUCCGGGAAGGUUGUCUACACUUCGUGCUCUCAAGAAGCUCCACCAACUCACCCCAGAAGCAGAGGGUCAUCAGUUCUGGGCCAGAACAAACAGCUGCUGAGCUUCGCUUCACCCCUAAUUCCGGAUUUCACCUCCGCCGCUUACAGAGCCAGACCCUCAGCUUCAGCCCAGCUCCAGACACACGCAGCUUCUCCAGGCAGUGCUGCCUCAGAACAAGGAUUACUUCUCUAGGACCUGCAGGCCUCCAAGGGCUGUACAGAACUGGCUGGUCCAAGUCUGACCUGUUGGAUACACAGGCCUGAGGGCGGAUGUGCAUGAAGGCAGGAUAGGCCUGACCAGGAGCUGAUUCCUUUGCAGCUCACCUUGGACAAUGUCACUCGGUGGAGGAGAAGGACUGUGAGACCGGGACUGGAAGCCAGGUUGUAGCCACUUGCCUGCUGUUGCCCAGCUGAGUGGCAGCCCAGAGCCCAGGAGCAGCAAGUGGCUAUAGGUCACAGACACAGUGAAGAUAUGAGCGUGGGGAUCAGCACCUCUACUCCCCUGCUUCCAGCCUCAGACACAGAUGUGGUCACAUCUACCUUCUCCGUUGUGGACUAUGUGGUGUUUGCCCUGCUGCUGGUUCUUUCCCUUGCCAUUGGGCUCUACCACGCCUUUCGUGGCUGGGGCCGGCAUACUGUUGGCCAGCUGCUCAUGGCAGACCGCAAAAUGGGCUGUCUUCCUGUGGCUCUGUCGCUGCUGGCCACCUUCCAGUCAGCUGUGGCCAUUCUGGGUGUGCCGUCUGAGAUCUACCGAUUUGGGACCCAGUAUUGGUUCCUGGGCUGCUGCUAUUUCCUGGGGCUGUUAAUCCCUGCACACGUCUUCAUCCCAGUCUUCUACCGCCUGCAUCUCACCAGUGCCUAUGAGUAUCUGGAGCUUCGAUUCAAUAAGGCUGUGCGGAUUUGUGGGACCGUGACCUUCAUCUUUCAGAUGGUGAUCUACAUGGGGGUUGUGCUCUAUGCACCAUCGUUGGCCCUCAAUGCAGUGACUGGCUUUGAUCUAUGGCUGUCAGUGCUGACCCUAGGCAUUGUCUGUACUGUCUACACUGCUUUGGGUGGAUUGAAGGCAGUCAUCUGGACAGACGUGUUUCAGACGCUGGUCAUGUUCCUAGGGCAGCUGGUGGUUAUCAUUGUGGGAGCAAACGCGGUGGGCGGCUUGGGGUCCGUGUGGGAAGUGGCUUCUCAGCAUGGCCUCAUCUCUGGGAUCGAGCUGAAUCCAGAUCCUUUUGUACGGCACACUUUCUGGACACUGGCUUUCGGGGGUGUCUUCAUGAUGCUCUCCUUGUAUGGGGUGAACCAGGCUCAGGUGCAGCGCUACCUCAGUUCCCGCACAGAGAAGGCUGCUAUACUCUCCUGCUAUGCAGUCUUCCCUUGCCAGCAGGUGGUCCUCUGCAUGAGCUGUCUCAUUGGCCUGGUCAUGUUCGCCUAUUACCAGAAGAAUCCCAUGAGCACCCAGCAGGCUCAGGCAGCUCCUGACCAGUUCGUCCUGUAUUUUGUGAUGGAUCUCCUGAAAAAACUGCCGGGCCUGCCUGGGCUCUUUGUUGCCUGCCUCUUCAGUGGUUCCCUCAGCACCAUAUCCUCUGCUUUUAAUUCAUUGGCAACUGUUACGAUGGAAGAUCUGAUCCGACCCUGGUUCCCUCAGUUCUCUGAAGUCCAGGCCAUCAUGCUUUCCAGAAUCCUUGCCUUUGGCUAUGGGCUACUUUGUCUGGGAAUGGCCUAUAUUUCUUCUCAGAUGGGACCCGUGCUGCAGGCAGCGCUCAGCAUCUUCGGCAUGGUUGGGGGACCACUGCUCGGUCUCUUCUGCCUUGGAAUGUUCUUUCCUUGUGCCAAUCCUCCUGGUGCCAUCGUGGGCCUAUUGGCUGGACUUGUCAUGGCCUUCUGGAUUGGCAUUGGGAGCAUAGUGACCAAGAUGGCCUCUGGCAUGGCACCCUCUCCCUCUAAUAUAUCCAGCUUUCCCCUGCCUACCAACCUGACCACCAUUGCCAUGACCACACUGAUGCCCUCAACCACUCAUUCCAGGCCUACAGGGCUGCAACAGCUCUACUCUUUGUCGUAUUUAUGGUACAGCGCUCACAACUCCACCACAGUCAUUGUGGUGGGACUGAUUGUCAGUUGGCUCACCGGGGGAAUGCGGGGCCGGACCCUGAACCCUCGGACCAUUUCCCCAGUGGUUUCAAGACUUGUUGAGCUCCUGCCCCUGUCCUGUCAGAAGCGAUUUCAUUGCAAAAACUACAGCCAGGUAGACCUCUCGGUGGAUAUCCCUGCCUUUCCAGAAAAGAUGAGUAAUGGAGUGUUGAAGAAUGGCAGAGACAAGGAGGCCAUGGCCGUGCCUGAGGAAGGCUCAGCCCACCAGGGGAGCAGCCCCACCUUCGUCCUCCAGGAGACCUCACUGUGACCUGGGUUCGGGUCACAGUCCCAGCCUAUAGGAUAGUGAUGAGUCACGUGAUGCAUCAUGCAGAGACAAUCGAGGACUAGAUUACCUAGCCCACCAAAGGACCUUGUUCUUAGAUGUUUGUGCGGCAGUGGAACAUGGCAUGGGAAGUGUGAGGGUAGGACAGGGUUUUUCCUUGUCCCUUGACAGUCCCUUCUCUAGAAGACCAGGCUUACAGUGGACAGGAUUUUGCUAGAAAAGGGCAUAGGUGCAAAUCCUCUGGGAAAUGGGUGAUUGUUUCUGAUUAAUCAUCGUCAGGGUCCUUCGAAGUGACUAGAAACUGCAGUGCUGGUUAUUACUGUCCGGGGCCUGAUUCGACAAGGUUGGCCAUGUUUACUGCUAAAUACAAAGCUGCCUUGGCCAGCUGUUGAUUCUCUUGCAUAAGCAUAGUUUCUGUCAGCCACAGACGGCCAGUGACUACAUUUAGGCUGUCUGCGACACCCGGGCCCCUCUCAUUCUUACCGUCUACCUCUAUCCUUGAGGCAGAGGGUUUGUUGUCCCAGAGAGUCCUCUCAGAAUAGACCGGUACGGGGCGCCUGGGUGGCUCAGUCAGUUGAGCAUCUUGACUUUGGCUCAGGUCAUGAUCUCACGGUUCAUGAGU